AUUAGGCUGGUUUCGGCGUAAGAAUGUCAGUUAGGAAAGAGCAAUACUUCGGAAGUACGGACAGUUCGUAUGAGGCUGCCGUCAAACAUCAUUCCGGAACGAAGAGUCUCUUCAGCAUCAAUCGGUUGGAAGAAGUGCUGAAGGCAAUCUUGUUGGACGUACCAAAAGUGUUUAAACUUCUACUACUCGUAGCGUGGGUCGGCUUACGUCACUCAGUGAAGUUGUUCUUGCCGGCUCAGCGCAAAUCCAUUAAGGGUCAGAUUGCGCUGGUCACAGGUGGAGCCAACGGAUUGGGCAAAGCACUUUGCCUUCGCUUGGCGCGGGAAGGCUGUUCGGUGGCCGUAGCCGAUGUAGAUUUCUCUAGUGCGCAAGCAACUGCCGAAGAAGUGCGAGAAUGUACCGGGGGCAGUGUCAAAGUGCAAGCGUUUCACGUCGACGUCGGGGACUUCAAUUCGGUGGCACAGUUGAAACAGAACAUCGAGAAGACCCUUGGACCGGUCGACAUACUAGUCAACAAUGCAGGACUGCUGGCGAUACUGUCACUUUCCGAAGGAACACCGGAGGAUGUACAGAAGAUUGUCAACGUAAAUCUGAUGUCACAUUUCUGGACAAUCCGUGAAUUCAAAGCUGGUAUGGUCGAGCGACGGCGGGGUCACAUUGUUGCAAUUAGUUCGGUGUUAGGUAUGAUACCUUUCGGUCGGACGAUCUGCUACAACACGACGAAGACUGCGAUCAAUGGUCUGAUGGCCUCGUUGAACGAGGAAUUUUACCUGAACGGUCUGAGCGAUGAACUGCACACCACCACAGUCUAUCCGGUCGGUAUCAGAACCCGGAAACAAUUUGUUGAUCUUAUGCACGAAUUAAGGUUGCGGAUGCCUUGGCAUUCCCCGGAAUACGUGGCCGAUAGAAUCGUUGACGGUGUACUAGAGAAUAAAACCGAUGUUGUUCCAAGCUAUUUUUACGUCAGAAUAUUUAUCAAAUAUUUCGCUAUUUUGCCCACCACAUUCAUACGCUUGUACUCAGACAUAUUUGUGGGAAAAGUUCCACAGCUCACAGAAUAACGGAAAGCAUUGCUUAUUGCUAGGAAAUAAAGGAUUAGUUUGAAUAAAUAAAGUCAGG